ACACUGGACUAUGUGACGUCACUGGCUGUCAGAGUGGAUGGAUGGGGCUAACCUGCUCAAAUGAAUGUGAACGAGCAACAUUCGGCGUAGAUUGUAGCUCAACAUGUCAUUGUUCCACACCCGGAUGUGAUAGAGUGACCGGAAGCUGUACAGUGCGAGGAUGUGAGGCAGGAUGGCAAGGGAAUGCCUGUGAUCAUGAGUGUGAAACUGAACGAUUUGGCAAGAACUGUUCACAGACCUGUCACUGUGUUUCAUCUAGUUGUGACCAAUUCAAUGGGCAUUGCACGCACACAGGAUGUGAACCUGGAUGGACAGGAAUGGCUUGUGAUCAGGUCUGUACCACCGGACACUUUGGGAGGGACUGUACACAGACAUGUCACUGUGCUAUUCCUGGCUGUGACAGAUUCAGUGGACUGUGUACCCAUACUGGAUGUGAUGCAGGAUGGGAAGGUCCGACUUGUGAGAAAGCAUGCGACAUUGGUAAAUAUGGCCCAGAUUGUAAAUACAAUUGCAACUGUGCUACUCCCGGAUGUGACGUCGUGAGUGGUAACUGUAUCGUGCCCGGAUGUAGUGUUGGAUGGGAAGGGUCAGUUUGUGAUAUAGCCUGCAACGUCAGCUCACUUGGUAGUAACUGUACCGAACCCGGAUGUAAAAGAUUUACCGGAUUUUGUAACGUGUCAGGGUGUAAUGUUGGAUGGACAGGGCCGUCCUGUGACAAAGGUAUUCUAAUAAAUGGGUUUUUUGUAGUUUACGUAUCAACAUAUUUCAAAUAUAUAAUUUACGUUGUCUGCUACAUCUAUACAGUGAAUGUCAAUGAGAACUACGCCAAUCUUGAUUCAUCGAAAAUUGAACGAUCAAGCAACAUCUAUGAGACCAUAGGAGAGGGCAGCGAUUGCCGAGUGGUUCAGGUGUCUGACUGUCUACGAUUACUAGCCCUCAACCACUGGGUCGCAGGUUCAAGGCUUUUUGUCGACGUCGAUCGAUUUGGACAAGAACUACGCAUAUUUCGUCUGUCCUUCAGCAUGGCAUCUAGCAGGAGCAAGCACGAGAUCCUACAAAUUAUUGUCAUAGGAUGUUUGGCUGUUUUCCCUCAAUUUGUUUAUGCGUCAUACAACAUGGCAUUAGGAAAACCUACAUUGCAAAGCUCUACUGAGAGUGGAUGGGUUUCUGACAAAGCAGUAGACGGUAUAAUAGGGGCAGACGUCGAAUCCAAUGGAGGAGGAAGUUGUAGUUCUACUAGACCGUCCUGGUAUGAUGAGGCAUGGUGGAUGGUUGACCUAGAACAAAUAGCAAGGUUACAAACCAUAAAUAUAACAUAUAGACAGCUUUAUCCCUUUCGACUUUCCGGAUUUUAUCUUUAUGCUUCAAAUUCGAGCCGGGUGGAAAAUAUACAAAAUACAGGCUAUUUAUGUUACCAUGACAACACGAGGAAUCCGGAUCUACCGUCAGUCAACCAAUCUCGUUCUUGUCAUGUAAACGGGCGAUACAUCACAUUUUAUAACAAACGCCCAGCUGAUAAUGGACCGAAGUCUCAUCAAUACUACUCGGCAACAGUUGCUGUUGUGGAAUUGUGUGAGGUGCAGGUGUUUGGAUGUCCAGUAAAUCACUUUGGACCUGCCUGUAGCAACAUAUGUCAUUGUGGUGUGGGAGGAUGUGAUCCUGAUGCCGGACUUUGUGACGUCAAUGGAUGUCAGAGUGGAUGGAAGGGAACAGCGUGCUCUGAAAAAUGUGAAAUCGGCGAAUUUGGUGUAGACUGUAGACACACGUGUCAUUGUUCCUCACCCGGAUGUGAUAGAUUUAUCGGAAGCUGUACAGUGCCAGGAUGUGAGGCAGGAUGGCAAGGGAAUGUAUGUGAUCAAGAAUGUAGACUUGGCACGUUUGGUGUGGACUGUAUCCACACGUGCCAUUGUUCCACGCCCGGAUGUAACAAAGCUACCGGAAAUUGUACAGUGCCAGGAUGUACAGCAGGAUGGCAAGGGAAUUCCUGUGAUCAGGAAUGUAAACUUGGCACGUUUGGCGUGGACUGUAGCCACACGUGUCAUUGUUCCAAACCCGGAUGUGAUAGAUUUAUCGGAAGCUGUAAAGUGCCAGGAUGUGAGACAGGAUGGCAAGGGAAUGCCUGUGAUCAAGAAUGUAGACUUGGCACGUUUGGUGUGGACUGUAUCCAAACGUGUCAUUGUUCCACACCCGGAUGUGAUAAAGCUACCGGAAGUUGUACAGUGCCAGGAUGUACAGCAGGAUGGCAAGGGAAUUCCUGUGAUCAGGAAUGUAGACUUGGCACCUUUGGCGUGGACUGUAGCCACACGUGUCACUGUUCCAAACCCGGAUGUGACAGAGCGACCGGUAGCUGUACCGUGCCAGGAUGUGAGACAGGAUGGCAAGGGAAUGCCUGUGAUCUGGGUAAGAUGAGUUAAAUUGAAUAACAAAAUACUUUGAUUUCUGGGUUUUAUCUAUAAGACACAUUUGUAAUUAUUUAGUUUUAGAUCGGAUCGGGUUUACACGUUGUUAAU